GCUAGAUCCCAACUUCCUCCGGCAAGGCUAAAUCAGACAGCUCCUCCAGAGUGAGCAAGGAGUAGCUACACCACAGACGACGGCAAACGAUUGGAAACGCAACCUUGGCGAGUUUUGAGCGGGGAAUACGCUGACAAUCUGGGGGUUUAUUAACAAGGGGAGUCCGCAAUGACUUGGGGAACGGAGCUUUGGGACCAGUUUGAAAACCUUGACAAGCAUACUCAAUGGGGGAUUGACUUCCUAGAGAGGUAUUCAAAGUUUGUCAAGGAAAGGCUGGAGAUCGAACAGACAUAUGCAAAACAGUUGAGGAACCUGGUGAAGAAGUACUGUCCCAAACGCUCCAAAGACGAUGAACCUAGGUUCUCGUCGUGCGUGUCAUUCUACUCCAUCCUGAACGAGCUGAAUGACUACGCGGGGCAGAGGGAGGUGGUGGCCGAGGAGAUGGGACACAAGGUGUACGGAGAGCUGAUGAGGUAUUCACAGGACCUCAAGUCAGAGAGGAAACAGCACCUCCAGGAGGGCAGGAAGGCCCAGCAGUAUCUGGACCAGUGUUGGAAACAGAUGGACAAUAGCAAGAAAAAGUUUGAGCGGGAGUGCAAGGAGGCAGAGAAAUCACAGAUCAGCUAUGACCGGUUAGACAACGACAUCAACGCCACCAAGUCAGAGGUAGAAAAGGCAAAGUCCCAGUUGUACCUGCGCACACACUCGGCAGACGAGAGUAAGAACGAGUACGCUGCUCAGCUGCAGAACUUUAAUGGGGAACAGUGGAAACAUUUCAACGUGGCCAUUCCACAGAUAUUCAAGAACCUGCAGGACAUGGACGAGAGGCGGACAGUGAAGCUGGGAGAGACGUACCGGAGCUUUGCCGACGUGGAGCGCAGAGUCGUCCCCAUUAUCUCCAAGUGUCUGGAGGGUAUGGUGACUGCGGCCAAGGCUGUGGACCAACGCAAGGACUCAGCGAUUGUAGUGGAGUCGUUUAAGUCAGGCUUUGAGCCUCCGGGGGACUACCCGUUUGAGGACUACAGUCAGAACCUCUCCCGGACGGGCUCAGACAACACCAUCAGCACCCCCAAGAAUGAGGGGGGGGUCAAGCCAGACCCCAAACACUCCAUCAGCAAAACAGCCAAGAACAAACUGUGGCUCUUUGGGAAAAAGCCGAAGAGUGCACUGGCUCCAUCACUGGAGGACUUCAGCCACCUGCCUCCUGAACAGAGACGCAAGAGGCUCCAGGCUCGGAUAGACGAGCUCAGCAAAGAACUACAGAAAGAGGUGGACCAAAGAGAUGCACUGAACAAGAUGAAGGAUGUGUAUGAGAAGAACCCUCAGAUGGGUGACCCCCAGAGUCUCCAGCCCAAGAUAUCAGAGACCAUGUGCAACAUGGAGAAACUGCGCUCUGAGAUCCACAAGAAUGAGAGCUGGCUGUCGGAGGUGGAGGGAAAAGUGAGCACCAGAGGAGACCGAAGACCCAGUGCUGAUGUCAACCAUCACGCCCCCCACGGCAGAGAGAGCCCUGAGGGCAGUUACACCGACGUCCCCAACCAGGAGCACCGCAGCCCCCCUCACCAGCCAGACCCCCGACAGGCCCACCAGCCAGACGAGUUUGAUGAUGAGUUUGACGAUGACGACCCGCUCCCAGUCAUUGGCCACUGCAAAGCACUCUACUCCUUUAACGGUCAGAACGAGGGUACGCUGUUGAUGAAGGAGAACGAGGUGCUGUACAUCAUCGAGGAGGACAAGGGGGACGGCUGGACGCGAGCCAGGAAGCAGAGCGGAGAGGAGGGCUAUGUGCCCACGUCCUACGUGGAGAUCGCCAUGGAGAAGAACAGCAAAGGUGCAGUCACCUACAUCUGAUCUGACCACCUGCAUGGACUCCUAUAUCAUAUCCCCUCUUCCUCCUCUGGGGAUUGCUGGUCAGAACAGCAGCCCCUCUUCUUUGUUCACUGUGUGAGCUCACGACAAACAAACACAACAGACAUCCUGGUAGUGUAGUGACCUCCCUGUACAGGAGCUCUGUAUCAAUGAAUUAAGCCAUGUGUGUCUGUAUGAGGACGUAUCCAUAGCCACCCUCUGUGGCAAGGGGACUCCUCCCCCACUUAAGACAGAUUAUUGUAUUUCAUAUUUCAGAAGUGAUUUGUGUUAUGUUUGUUUUUAGUUCAUGUGUCUUUUGUUUUUAGAAGGAGAUGUUGUAAUGCUCUACUGGUUUUUAGUUGUCAGUGGUGACAGAUUUGGAAAAUGAAAAAGAAACUUACCUGUUUUACUUUUGUAUGGUCUUAUAUGUGUUAUCAGCCAUCUGUUGUGAGUCUCAUAUGUGAAGUGAUCUGCUCCACCUAUUUAAGACUGGAAUGGAGUUAAACAGUCCUGGUAAGGACUGGCUUGUUUUGUGCCUAUAUGACUCAUGCCUCCCACUACGGUACUACUCUUUAAGAUAAUCGUACACUCUCUCUCUUCGUGUGUGUCACAACAAUGGCACCCUCUGGUGGUCAGGACUAUAUUACACUCAGAGGAGUAGUUGUACUGUCUCUGUCCUAGUGGUGUGGGUGGUGGCAGGUGUCAAUGCUCUGUAGCCAGGUCGGUACAGUAACUCCUCUCCUCUCUCUCUCUCCUAUUGGACUGCAGAUUCCUGAGGGGAGCAGUGUGGCGAGGUCUUUGGUGGAGGGUACAUGCUGAGUCUGUUCUGGGCGGGCAGAACAGGGGAGGGGAAAGGCUUGGCAGGUUGCAUGUUUGCAUGCACACGUCCAUGGCCAUUAACAUGAUUCCAUAGCAGCAGAGACUCUUGGGAUAGGAGCUAUGCCUCUGUAGGAGGGGAGCAUUCUUCCUAGACUGUGUCUGCCUAGACACAGCACAGAGUAACCAUCCGACUGCAGCAUAACAGCAGAAUCCGGGACCGGGGAGGGGUCUUAGAGCUAGCAGCUUACAACAUCAUCAUUUAUAAUGAGAGAACUACACUACUACUCACCUCUGUAUUUCUGCUCCUCAGAUAACGUCCAGCACUAACAGCCUGUCUUGUUGUUGCAUUGUCAUUCUAUUGUUGGGAAUGCCUGCCUGACUGUGCCACUCUCCUGUGGUCCCCUCACCUUAACGCGCUUCAGCAUGUCUGUAACAUGAACUGUCAUUCCUUCAUACAGGACUGGCCAUGAUGAAUGCAGCGUCUUGGAUGUAACUCUGUGGUCGCUCCCGCCGCCCAUUCAUUCACUUCUAAUCUUCCUGUAUGUCUUCUUCAUUCUUCCACGUUUAGUUUUUUGUGUGCCUUGUUUUUGUUCUAACUGUGUUGAUGGAAUUGUUCUCAUCGUGCUAGUGCGUGUGUGUGUUGAAUGUCAUCUCUGUCAUGGUGUUGUUCAGUAACUUGUGGCACCGCAUUCAGUCACUCAGGUCAGUGUAGGACUACUCUAGUCACAGACAGCCGGCUUGCCCGUCACACUACCCCCUCCUCACUCCUCCCUGCACCAGCACCAGACAAGAGGAAGGCUGGUGGGGUAGUGCAGUGACAUCAGCACACCAGCAGAGGGCCUUCCUCCCUCACCAGUCAGUCACCACACAGGAACUCAGGCUCAGGCCAGGAAACCUGGAAGCUGAGCUAAAACAAACUACAAAGGCCAUCCAACAACAACACUCCAUGCAUUAUUUUCCUUAAUAAUAUCUGAGAGAGAGGAUGGACCCACUGAGUGCUCUUCCAUUACUCUCUGCUGCACACAAGGACUCCAACCGACUCAGUCUACGCUGGCUUGCUGUGGUGCUGCUCUUGGGCCUGACCGCCACGUCUCUUCUCUGUCUCCGUGGAGCAUCCUGGGGCCUCGGUGUGCUGCCAUCUCCACACGAAUGAGUGUUGCAUUACCUUAACGUUCCUCUUUCAAGCGCAUAUUAUAUUUCUGAUUGUGAUGAUACAUAUAUUAACAUAUGUAUACAUAUACCUGUAUGUAUAUAUGUAGUUAAUUGUAUUACUGAAUUGUAUUAACAUCUCUUUUAUUUCAUACUGAAUGUGUUUUUAUGGUGACUUUUUAUAGGGUUUUAAUCAGUCGUACCGUUAGCUCAUAGUAACCAUGCAUUGUUUGUCAGAACAUCCUUAUGAAUAGGGAUAUGAUGCACUUUUGCCCUAUAGCAUUUUUAAUGAAAUAUCAAUGAAUGAAUGAAUGAAAUGGACUCUGUAUGCUACCUUUUGUACAAAUGUAAAGUGAGACAGCUGUGACCACUGUUAUUAUAGGAGGUGUAGAGUUCAGAACUACCACAAAAUAUAGGAAUUUACUGCUUUUGAUACUCCUCACGAUUUUAAAUGUAAUUAAUUUGGAAGUGAAUUUAACUUGCAUGAUUCCCUUUAAUUAGUAUGAACAUAAUUGACAUGGUGAGAGAUCACCAUGAUCACCCAUGUCGCUUAAAACAAAGAAAAGAUGUGUCUUUUAUCAGACUGACACAGGGUUUUACCCUGGCAGGAUAUAAUAUUCCCCUUUUUGCCGUUAAUUUGGUGGUCCCACUUUGAAAUGCUAAUACGAUCAGUGAUUUAGUCCCUAAUAAUUACUUAAAGCUGUGAAAGUUAUACCAUAUGUUCAUCUUACUUGAACUGCAUCUCUCUCAACUUCCUAGAGACAACCCUAGGUCUUAGACAUCCAAUGGAGGAACAGAUCUUCUUCCUUGAUGAAUGUGCACUAACUAACACAGAUAAUGCUGUUUUAAAAUGGAACAGCGCAGGUUAUAUACACCCUGCGAUUCUGUUUAGUUUCAUCAUGUCAUUCCGUUGCCUGGAUGAGCUCAUUUGAAUGUUCACUCCUCUUUUGUUGAACUGGUGUAUGUUAUCAGAAAUCAGAACUGGGGGGGAGAGUCCUUCCCUUUGUUUCAGUGACAUCCCUUUGAGUAGCUUACCGAGGAGCAUGAAGGUACAUGCUUGACUCAACAUAUCUGGAGUUCACAGCAAAUAUUUAAGCGCUGUAUAUUGGCUACCUGCCUCUAUUGUAGGCCUAUUCAUGUAUUGACCCUUGACCCUACUCUACAAUAUCAACCGAUAUAGUAAUACUGGUUAAAUCCCUGAUGGACAUGUAAUUGUUGAUCAAAAUCAGAAGAGGAAGUCAAGGUUUAAGUUGUUAAUGUGUAAGUAGUUGUUUUUUUAAUAUGAAGUGCGUUAACCCAUUCAUGUCUGCGGUGUGUGUCUGGCUAUCCUCCAUCAGUAAUAACAAGGAUUUUGACAAGCUUGUCUCUAAUGGCCUAAAACGGUGCUGGACCGACUUGUUGGCACCACAGUGCAAGUGGCCUUCAGUGAUGACACUUUUUGAUGAUGGAUAUGUAGGUUUCUCACUAGCAUCCUUAACCAAAUGUUAUGCCAUGAAGGGAUUUUCAUUUUGGACUGAAACUGAGCUAAAUCAUAGCCAUCAUGCUGUAGUUCUGAUCAUUAUGCAAAACUUAACAAUAAGUUUUAAGACUCAGUAAUAUUCACGCUUAUGGUGGCAAAUUCAUCUAAUGACAGAAAAGUAGAUAUGAGAAUGUCGCUGUUGUCUUAUUUGAACAUAUAUUGUAAUAACCAAUUGCAGUACUUCUAUUUCUUCAUGUUGUGCACAUCUUUUUACUUUUAAUGUUGUGAGACACUUUGUGUGGGAAAAAAAUAUGUUCUCUCAAAUUGUUCUAAUAAACAAACACAUGAACAAACA